AUGUCUUCCGCGGACUCGCACUUCGAAGGCUGGGUUGGCCACGACAAGUCAUGCAUCGGCAACAUGAAAUGGGAGUCUUUCAAGCCCAAGGAGUGGCGCGAGACCGAUGUCGAGAUCAAGAUCGAAUGCUGUGGUGUCUGUGCCUCGGACCUGCACACCGCGCGCUCCGGCUGGGGACCCACCCGCUACCCCUGCGUCGUAGGCCACGAGAUCGUCGGCACUGUCUCGCGCGUCGGUAAGGACGUCAAAGGCUUCAAGAUCGGCGACCGCGUUGGCGUGGGCGCGCAGUCCGACUCGUGCAAGAGCUGCGGCGCAUGCAAGGCCGACAUGGAGCCGUGGUGCGAGAAGGGCAUCGUGGGAACCUACAACGGCGACUACUCGAUCACGGAUGGCUCCGGAUUCUCGAUGGGUGGUUACGCAAAGUACUCGAGGGUUCCGGCACACUUUGCGGUGCACAUUCCUGAGGGCUUGCCGUCGACUGUCGCCGCCCCGCUCAUGUGCGGUGGUGUCACUGUGUACAACCCGCUCAAGACCAAUGGCUGUGGAACGGAGGGCGUCAAGAACGUCGGCGUUGUCGGCAUCGGCGGUCUCGGCCACUUUGCUCUCAUCUUCGCAAAAGCCCUGGGUGCCGAAAAGAUCACCGCCAUCAGCCACACCCACUCCAAGGAGCAACUCGCUCGCAAGCUGGGUGCGACCGACUUUAUCGCUUCGGCUGACAAGGACCCCUGGUCCGCCCACAAGCGCUCCCUGGACCUGCUCGUGCUCACCAACAACAACGGGGACAUGCCCUUGACCGACUACAUCCGCCUCGUCCGCCCGAAAGGCAAGAUUGUCGCAGUGGGUGUGCCCGAGGAGCCGUGCAUGCCUACGCCUCUGCCUGCGCUCGCCUUCAGUGGCGUCUUCUUGGGUGGCUCGUUGAUAGGCAGCCCAGCAGUGAUUAGGGAGAUGCUCGAGUUGGCGGCUAAGCAGAAUCUGAAGCCCAUGAUCGAGGAGCGUGAUAUGCAGGAUGCGAACAAGGUCGUCAAGGAUAUGCAGGAUGGCAAGCCGCGAUUCCGCUACGUCAUGGUGAACAAGGACUACGAGCCGGUCAAGGCUUGA